AUUUCCAAACACUUUUCAGCUUAAUUUGUUUUUGACAUCUACGAAAUUCUUUCUUUAGCGAUUGUAUUUCUCGUGGCGUGUGUAGAUUUUGGUGAUAAUUGAAUUAUGCCUGCUGUAGAAACGAUUAAAUCAUCUUGGGCCGAUGAAGUGGAACUUGAUUAUGGUGGCUUGCCACCAACUACCGAAACAAUAGAAAAUGGUUGUAAAUACGUCACCGAAUACAAGAACAACAAAGAUGAUAAAAAGGUAAAAGUUGUGCGAACAUAUAAAAUAACUAAGCAAGUGGUGCCCAGAACUGUAGCAAAAAGACGCACUUGGGCUAAAUUUGGUGAAUCCAAAAAUGAUAAGCCAGGUCCAAAUUCACAAACAACAAUUAUGGCUGAAGAAAUUUUUAUGCAAUUUCUUAAUUCUAAAGAGGAAGAAAAAGCUAACGACCCAUUACUGGAUCCAACUAAAAAUAUUGCCAAGUGUCGUAUUUGUAAUGGUGACCAUUGGUCUGUAAAUUGUCCGUACAAAGGCACAGCAAUGGAUACUAAUUUAAUGGAAAAGAAAGCUGCUGCAGCUGCUGCUUCAGUUGUAGAAGCACCUAAGUCUGGUAAAUAUGUUCCGCCAUUCCUUAAAGAUAGUCAGAAGGGCGGUAUAGGAAUGCGUGGACGAGACGAUACUGCUGCUGUGCGCAUAUCAAAUCUUUCAGAAUCUAUGACUGAAGCUGAUCUCGAGGAACUUGUUAAAAAAAUUGGACCACAUAACAAAAUGUAUUUAGCACGCGAUAAAAAUACUGGCCUAUGUAAAGGCUUUGCUUACGUACAUUUUAAGCAACGUAAGGAUGCGGCUGCUGCUAUCGAAAUUUUAAACGGGCAUGGAUAUGAUCAUUUAAUUCUUAGUGUUGAGUGGUCAAAACCACAGAACAACAAUUAACUGCUAAAGUUCUUUUUAUAAUAUUUUAUGACAAAAGAAAUUUCUAUUAGAACAGACUUUUGUAGUAUGUUGUAGUGGUUUUUCCUCUAAAUAUAUUUUAUAUGAAACUCAAAAAGUUUAAAUCAAAAUAUCUUCGAAACAAAAUUGUGUCUAAGUCACAUAAAAUAUUACUCACUUUCAACAAUCUGACUUUAUUAUUUUACCAUUAUUUUAGUCACCAGAUGACAAAUGUUUAUCUUAUGUCUAAUUGCAAUAAAUAUUCAAGUUUCAAAAUGUUCUGUAUUUUUUUCCUCGACGCUGAAGGUGUAAUUACUAAAAUAAUUUUGUGUAUUUAAACUUAUAAACACUAAAUGAUAAUAAAAACUAUUUAUUAUAAUUUCAAUAAAAUAU